GCCGGCGGCGGGGCGGGCGAGGGCGCCGAGCCGCGGGGAGCGGCAGGGCGCGGAGGGGAGCGCACACCCCACUCGGCCAGACUUCGCGGCGCGGCCGCUACGAGCGCCGCUGAGCGCACUCCACUGGGAUCGCACAACUUCGGAGCAGGGCGCGGACGGCGCUCGCAGCGGGAGAGCGCGGAAAGGGCGCACCAGAGCCGGGAUCCCCCAGCGGCAUCCGACUCCGGGAGCGCUCCGAGCCGCCGGGCGGCCUCCCGGCGCUGCGUGGUUGCCGCUGCGUCCACGGAGGGCACGGGCUGGCGCUGCCGGGCGCCUGCGAGGACGGCGAGGCGGCGGCGAAGGCGAAGGCGGCGAGGCUGGGGACCGGGAAAGAACCCCGAGGGAGAGGCGCCCGGGCCGGGCGACAGGAGCAUGAGGGCCCGGAGCGGGGCGCGGAGCGCGCUGCUGCUGGCGCUGCUGCUCUGCUGGGAUCCGACACCAAGCCUAGCAGGUGUUGACUCUGCUGGCCAGGUGCUCCCAGACUCCUACCCAUCAGCACCCGCAGAGCAGCUGCCUUACUUCCUGCUGGAGCCACAGGACGCCUACAUCGUAAAGAACAAGCCCGUGGAACUACGCUGCCGAGCCUUCCCCGCCACGCAGAUCUACUUCAAGUGUAACGGCGAGUGGGUCAGCCAGAACGACCACAUCACACAGGAGAGCCUGGAUGAGGCCACAGGCUUGCGGGUGCGAGAGGUGCAGAUCGAGGUGUCCCGGCAGCAAGUGGAGGAGCUCUUCGGGCUCGAGGACUACUGGUGCCAGUGCGUGGCCUGGAGCUCUUCAGGAACCACCAAGAGUCGCCGAGCCUACAUCCGCAUUGCCUAUUUGCGCAAGAAUUUUGACCAGGAGCCUCUGGCCAAGGAGGUACCCUUGGAUCAUGAGGUCCUUCUGCAGUGCCGCCCACCCGAGGGAGUGCCUGUGGCUGAGGUGGAAUGGCUCAAGAAUGAAGAUGUCAUCGACCCCGCUCAGGACACUAACUUCCUGCUCACCAUUGAUCACAACCUCAUCAUCCGCCAGGCCCGCCUCUCAGACACGGCCAACUACACCUGCGUGGCCAAGAAUAUUGUGGCCAAGCGCCGGAGCACCACGGCCACUGUCAUCGUCUAUGUGAAUGGAGGCUGGUCCAGCUGGGCAGAGUGGUCACCCUGCUCUAAUCGCUGCGGCCGAGGCUGGCAGAAGCGCACGCGGACCUGCACCAACCCAGCCCCACUCAAUGGAGGCGCCUUCUGUGAGGGGCAGGCCUUCCAGAAGACAGCUUGCACUACCGUGUGCCCAGUGGAUGGAGCGUGGACCGAGUGGAGCAAGUGGUCAGCCUGCAGCACAGAGUGUGCGCACUGGCGUAGCCGUGAGUGCAUGGCACCGCCACCCCAGAACGGAGGCCGCGAUUGCAGCGGGACGCUACUUGACUCCAAGAACUGCACCGAUGGGCUGUGCGUGCUGAAUCAGAGAAUUCUAAACGACCCUAAAAGCCACCCCCUGGAACCCUCGGGAGACGUGGCGCUGUAUGCAGGCCUCGUGGUGGCCAUCUUUGUGGUGGUAGCGGUUCUCAUGGCCGUGGGAGUGAUCGUGUACCGGAGAAACUGCCGGGACUUCGACACAGACAUCACUGACUCCUCCGCGGCCCUCACUGGUGGUUUCCACCCAGUCAACUUCAAGACUGCAAGGCCCAGCAACCCGCAGCUCCUGCACCCGUCCGCCCCGCCGGACCUGACGGCCAGUGCUGGCAUCUACCGCGGGCCUGUGUAUGCCCUGCAGGACUCUGCUGACAAGAUCCCCAUGACUAAUUCGCCCCUGCUGGAUCCCCUGCCCAGCCUCAAGAUCAAGGUCUAUAACUCCAGCACCCUCGGCUCUGGGUCUGGCCUUGCUGAUGGAGCCGACCUGCUGGGUGUCCUACCGCCCGGCACAUACCCGGGCGAUUUCUCCCGGGACACCCAAUUCCUGCACCUGCACAGUGCCAGCCUUGGUUCCCACCAUCUCCUGGGCCUACCUCGAGACCCCGGCAGCAGCGUCAGCGGCACCUUUGGUUGCCUGGGAGGGAGGCUGAGCAUUCCCGGCACAGGGGUCAGCCUGUUGGUACCAAAUGGAGCCAUCCCCCAGGGCAAGUUCUAUGACUUGUAUCUACAUAUCAACAAGGCCGAAAGCACCCUCCCACUUUCGGAAGGUUCCCAGACAGUAUUGAGCCCCUCAGUGACCUGCGGGCCCACAGGCCUCCUCCUGUGCCGCCCUGUCGUCCUCACUGUGCCCCACUGUGCUGAAGUCAUCGCGGGAGACUGGAUCUUUCAGCUCAAGACCCAGGCCCAUCAGGGUCACUGGGAGGAGGUGGUGACCUUGGAUGAGGAGACCCUGAACACCCCUUGCUACUGCCAGCUGGAGGCUAAGUCCUGCCACAUCCUGCUGGACCAGCUGGGUACCUACGUGUUCACGGGCGAGUCCUACUCCCGCUCGGCCAUCAAGCGGCUCCAGCUGGCCAUCUUCGCCCCAGCCCUCUGCACCUCCCUGGAGUAUAGCCUCAGGGUCUACUGUCUGGAGGACACACCUGUAGCACUGAAGGAGGUCCUGGAGCUGGAGAGGACUCUGGGUGGCUACUUGGUGGAGGAGCCCAAGCCUUUGCUCUUUAAGGACAGUUACCACAACCUACGCCUCUCCCUCCAUGACAUCCCCCAUGCCCACUGGAGGAGCAAACUACUGGCCAAGUACCAGGAGAUUCCCUUCUACCAUGUCUGGAACGGCAGCCAGAAAGCCCUGCACUGCACUUUCACCCUGGAGAGGCAUAGCCUGGCCUCCACUGAGUUCACCUGUAAGGUCUGCGUUCGGCAGGUGGAAGGCGAAGGCCAGAUUUUCCAGUUGCACACAACGCUGGCCGAGACGCCUGCUGGCUCCCUGGAUGCUCUCUGCUCUGCCCCUGGCAGUGCUGCCACCACCCAGCUGGGACCCUAUGCCUUCAAGAUACCACUGUCCAUCCGCCAGAAGAUAUGCAACAGCCUCGACGCCCCCAACUCACGGGGCAACGACUGGCGGCUGUUGGCGCAGAAGCUCUCCAUGGACCGGUACCUGAACUACUUUGCCACCAAAGCUAGUCCCACGGGCGUAAUCUUGGACCUCUGGGAAGCCCGGCAGCAGGAUGACGGGGACCUCAACAGCCUGGCCAGUGCCUUGGAGGAGAUGGGCAAGAGUGAGAUGCUGGUAGCCAUGGCUACUGAUGGCGAUUGCUGAGUGCCUGUGACCACAGGCCUGUGGGGACCAGUAGGAGACGGUGCAAGGAGGCCUGGCAGCCUCUCCAUGGGGGUGUCCAGCCUCCAUCAUCCCUGGCUCACAGCUGGAAUGGUCCCUCACCCCCCCUCCCCGCUACAACCCUCAGACCACCACCAGCCUUAGAAAGUCUCUGUGCUCUACUGCCGGGAGGCCGGGACUCUCUGCCCCACCGUUUUCCCAGCUCACUCUUGGGUGGGCUGAGGCCUCUGGGGCAGCUGAAGGCCAGAGGCUUUCCUCCCCCACAACACACCACCCUCAGCCCUGUGACUUUGGGGACCCACAGGUUUCAAUUCUGUGUUCACAUGUCCUCGGCUAGGGACUGCUCUCCUGUCCCUGGUCCUCUUUGAAAGGUCGAGUUCAGGCAAACUGCUUUCUCCUGUCCACAAGCAGAAGAGAGAGAGAGAGAGAGAGAGAGAGAGAGAGAGAGAGAGAGAGAGAACACGCCUCGGAGGUCAGGCAAUGAAAGCGCAAAAACAGUAAGGGCAAAGAAAGACCCAGUUUCUUAGGGAACGCAAAUGAUUUAUUAUCCAGAUACUUGGAUAGGUCCUUUUUAAGAAAAAACAAACAAACAAGCAAAAAUAAGAAAAGAAAAAAAAAGAAAACUUUUAUCCUUGACUGUGGCUAAGAGUGGCUAUGCUUGUGUUUGGGACCAUAGGCAAGUGCACCCGUGGCACAUGUGUGCAUGAGUGUGUGCGUACAUGGGUGUGGUCGGUAAGAGACUGCACAGGGGAAUGCUUUGCUAUGGCAAGGCCUCAGUUUCCCCAGCUGCACAGGGAGCCGAGACAGAGUUUUCGCUAUGGCACUGAGUUCUAAACUCACAAGCAGAAGCAGAGGCUUGGCGGUCCUCCCACUCUCCAGAGCCCCCAGCAGAUGCCCUCCUGUGGCCUCCUCUGAUGGUUUCUGAUGGAGGCCCAGACCAGCUGUCAUCCAGGAGACUGUUCAGGUCUGUUUUACUUUGGUGGUUCCUGGUCUCAUGAUGGCCAAAGCUCUUACUGAGAGGGAGUGGCUACUCCAGGGAUGGUUCUCUCCCAGGUUGGGUGGCUUUGGGUUUAGGCUAGCACUAGCCAGUCUGCACCCAUGUCCUCUAGCCCUCAGUUUACCCACUGAUCUUCCUUCUGGAGUCAGGAGAUAUGAAGGUAACUUUUCUAAGUAGACAGUUGUACCCAUUCUUGGCCACAACCCAUUCUGGGAUGUUCUACAGGGCCACCAGGGGAAGGGAUGAAUACGUGUCCCUUCAGCCUACAGACAGUGACAGAGACCAGGACGCCACUGUAGACAUAGAGAUCCUAUUGAAAGAUACUCACUUCCCUGAACUGCCAUUGAGACCAGCCUGGCCAGGUCGUGAGCUUUGAAAGUUGGGACCUCUAUGGGGAGGCAGGUUCAUGACCACAGACCCAGCAAGCAUGUAUGCCCUGGUUUUUCUGCAGUGGCUCCUGAAGUGGAGCUCUGAGACUGAGAGCAAGGUGUCCCUGGCAUCUAGGUGAACAGUACCUCAUAGAGUAGCCUUCAGCUUCUCCUGCCAAAGAUGCUCAUCCCUGUGGGCAUACUCUUCUGGUCCCUGUUAGCCCGCACAUAGAAGGGGGAAGCCUGGAAGCCGAGUUGUAGCUGUGCUGUGUGACUUCAGGCAUAUAACUGCUUUCUCUGGACUUAAGUGUCCUUUUAUCCUGGGAUGCUCCGUGAGGCCCCUCGGGUUCCCACACUUGUCUGGGAGUCGAGUCGAGACAAGCUGAUUGUGGUCUGCAUGCUCUCCCCUUUGCCCAUCCUCAGAAACCUGCCUGGUUGGGCCCUUAGUGAGCGAGUCCCAGUUUACAGUCCAGCUCUUAGAAGGUGCUCAGCAUCUGGGGCACGGAGGCUGGAGCUGGAGCCUGGGGUGAGGCUUGAACCAGACAGUUUGAUAGCAACAGCCCAGCCAACUCUGGGCUGAGCCAGGCAGGGCUGUUGGGUUGGGUUUCCACUCCUGCCUCCAAUGAGAUGGACCUCCCCUUCCCAUUCCUGGCCAGCUUGGUGUUGCCGGGUCCUGCAGGGUAUUUCUGUGUCAUCUUGGGUGUAUGAGUGUGUGUGUGUGUGUGUGUGUGUGUGUGUGUGUGUGUGUGUGUGUGUUGCGUGUUGCACCUGUGUGCGUGCAUGCUUGUGCUUUACAACUUGGGCACAUCAGGGCACCCCUCCCAGAACGCACACACCUGUCCCCACAUGUGGACAUGACCUCUGUGCCCAGGCCUGCCACUGGAGGUGGACAUGCCUGUUUGCUGUCCCCGAGUCACAGUCGGUGUAUCUCCUAUGUGCCUCUCCAGCCCUUUCUCAAUGGGGCCCAGGCUUCUGAGCUCCAGCCAGACACCUCCUGACAGGGGCCCUCCUCAUCCCUGGAUCUUCCAGGGCUCUCUGGUCCCCACCUUGAGGAUCCCAGGCAUCUGAGUCAGCACCUUCCUCUCACUCUCAGAGGUCAGGUGGGUGGGAGCAUGGAUGCCUGGGAGUGAACAUGGCUGUGUGUCUGUGGGUUCUGAUAUGCUGGGGAUGGUCCCAGCCCUGCCCGCUCAUUCUGUAAACAACUUGUAAAUAACCUUUAGCAUUCCUCUUGUAAUGAGAUUAAUUUUUAUGAAAUAAAUUAUAUUUCCUAGUCUAAUAAAAAAAAUCCAGGUCCUGGUCUGA